CCCACCUUUAGGUCAAGCGGCAAUCAUUAGAACAGUUCUGUUGUGCCUGAGAAUAAACAUUACCUGAGUCUGACUGGAAACCCGUUUAAACGAGAAUUUACUCUAUGAAAGGCAGGUUGCGAAGAUUAGCUAUCAAAAUUCGCCAGCCCACUUGGUGAAGCAGAAAGUGCAAAUAAUUUGGGGCCAUUUGACCACCUUAUCGACUUAUCAUCGCAACUCAACGCGACUAUAGCCCUGAUUCAUUUUUCUGAAAUCAAACCCCAAUUCGAUUCAAUUUUUUCACACUUAUUUCACCAUCAUUUUCCUUUUGUAAAGCUACCUCUGGAUGCUAAAAUAAACUGAAUGAAAUCCGAACAAAAGUUAAUCAAUUCUGAAUCGAAAUGAAAAAAAAAAUCUACCCAAUUUUCAACCUAUUUCUAGCCCUUCUAUUCAAAUCUAGUUUCCUAAAUCUUCAAUGCUUACCAAGUCUCUUUUGUAUUGUCCUUUUUAUGAUGCGAACUGUGCUUUUCCGUCCUUUUGAAAAAGAUUGUUAAUUUUUUACAAGCCAUUUGUUUAAAUUUGAUUGUCUAUUUUUGCUUCGAUUCUCUUCACGGCCCAAUUUAAUCCCAAUUCCCUUUUAUUUUUGUUCAACCGCACAGGGCAACUCAAUUAAACGUAAAGAGACGCUUUGCCGUUGAGGGGGUCGCAAAUUUCAAUUAAAAAUGAAAACACUAAAAAACGCGACUUCUUACCCUAAAAUGGGCACUCUAACGAAGAUGGUCCGAAACCUUAUUUACAUCACAUACUUCACUCUGGUUUUCACAUCAAUCAUUAUUCUUUUUGUGAAUCUACCCCCUAUAUUCGAAACUCAAAACAGUGAUCUCCAAGACACGGAGGGUUUGCCUAAAUAUGCAAAAAGUUCUCGAGAAAGGCUGAGGAAAAACUACCGAGGUGAUCAAUUGGCUGAAAACAUUCCAGAAAACGAGAAACCAUUCCGCUGGAUGGAAACGCGUGAAAACUUUGCAAACGCUGAAACGAAGCAACGAACAUCUCAAUUUCGUAACUUAACAAAUCUUCUGCAACAUAAAUUAUUUCUUUCCAAUCUCGCUCAAAUCUAUUCCAAUCUAACGUCACCCAAAAAACUUCCAUUUAUGAGUCAUAGCUCUGUUAACCCAGUAGUAGAAAACUUCUAUCGAGAGAUAGCCAGCGACAGCUUAUAUCCUGUGAACUCGCCUUGGAUUGACUGGAUUAAGACAUUACUCAAAUCGAACAAGAUCACAUAUGCAGAAAACAAAGCAGGUGGUUCUCAGUUGAAACUCUCAGUUAAAUACGAAGCGAAUCUUUUGGGACUUUUGAAGCCAAUGCGACUAACGAGAGACCAGCAAACAUUCCCCGACCAUUUUUAUUUUGUGGACCUGGAACGACACAAUGCAGAAAUAGCUUCAUUUCAUCUGGACCAGAUUUUGGACUUCAGAAGAGCGCCGCCAGUUGUGGGUCGGUGGAUAAACUUAACUGACCUGUGGAGACUUUCUGACCACAGACUGACGCGCACUUUCUUCAAGUCGCCAGCUGACAACACUUGCUUCCACGGCACUUGUGAUUACUACUGCCGAACAGAGACUCCGGUGUGCGGACACCCGCACAGUGUGGAGGCCUCGGUUGCACUCUACCUCCCAGACUCCAAAUACUUCCCAAGGUCUAUGACGGUGCACCCCUACAGAAGAAGCUACACCAAAUCGAACCAGGAAGCGUGGGUGAAGGACACCACGUACUGCAAAUCGAAAGUGCUGUCUGACCCGAGUUAUUCGAGUGACAAGAGGAAGAUCUUCGACAUCACAGAUCUCGCAAUCUACGAUUUCCUCAUCGGAAAUAUGGACAGACAUCACUAUGAAAUUUUUGACGACUUCGGAGAAGACGGAUUCAUCUUACACUUGGAUCAGGGCAAGGCAUUCGGCAAACAUUCCAGUGACGAACUCUCCAUCCUCGCUCCUCUGAGCCAGUGCUGCAAAAUAAGGUGGAAAACGUGGCUGGUGCUUCUGGAGAUCACAAAAACUUCGAAUGGAAAAAUAGGAGAUCUUUUGCACGAUUCUCUGGAAGAAGAUCUUCUAAGUCCGGUUUUGAAGCCAGAGUAUUAUGCAGCAUUGGAUCGGAGGUUGAAGAUAAUCAUGAAGGAGAUUCAAACUUGUAUAGACAAUAAUAGUCCUCAAGAUAUAUUUGAUCAUCAUUUUGGCCAGCAAUUCCAAAAGUUCUUUCAACGCCGUCAUGCAGUAAUGUGAACUAUGUAUAAUAAUUGAUCAGAACUUCUAAUUGUGUAAAUAACAGAUAAUUCUAAUUUCUU